GACUUACGCGAUUCUCUCGUCACGCUUGUCACACGUCAACAAUCGUGCCAAUCUUCGAGACGGUCGGUUUACUUCUGUGAAAAAAUCAUCGAUCGUCUGGCAAUCGUCGAUGCGAAAACCAGCAAACCGGCGGUGAUCAAGAUCAACAGUUGGAAUCGCUACGACGUCGCAUCUCGUGAUUUGAGGUUAAGCGCAAAUUUUCAUUCGUUCCGUACCAGAGCAAAGUACUGUUUUAUUAACUGACGUCGACUGAUCAUUGCGAAGCCAAAAAUGACGGCGGAGAAAAACCAGACACAAGUGGAAAGGCGACAGCCGUUAUUCCGCGACUUAACUGCCGAGGAUCCUGAACCAGAAGCUACAGAGAUCUCGAGUCUCUGCAUGAAUUGCGGUGAGAAUGGAAUGACAAGGCUCCUUCUGACAAAAAUUCCCCAUUACAAGGAGGUUGUCCUGAUGUCGUUCAGCUGUGAACACUGCGGCUGUCGUAACAACGAGAUUCAGAAUGCUGGUAAAACUCUUGACAAGGGGAUAAAAGCUACCCUCCUUGUCUCCAGAGCCCAUGAUCUCAACAGACAAGUGGUCAAGUCAGACUUCACAGGGGUCAGAAUACCUAAGCUGGACUUUGAAAUACCUUCGCAAUCUCAAAAAGGGGAAGUAACAACCGUAGAAGGCAUCAUAGAUCGCGCUAUCGCUGCUCUGGAACAGGAUCAACCAGUACGCAGGAUUCAGGAUGCAGAGGGCGCUGCUAAGAUCGAUUUGUUUGUGGCAAAGAUGCGGGCUCUGAAGCUUCUUGACGAACCGUUCACAAUAAUCUUUGAGGACAUAUCUGGGAAUUGUUAUAUAGAGAAUCCACAUGCCCCAGCUUCAGAUCCUAAUUGCAGUGUAACUCAUUUCAAGAGAACCAAGGAACAAGAUCACCUUCUAGGAAUCUAUCCAGAAAACGAAGAUGCGGCUCUGCUCAAACCGAUUAAAGAAGGGGAAUAUUCACUUGAGGAUAUACAAGGUGAGGUUCUGACCUUUCCAACGAAUUGUCCAAACUGUAACAAUCCGUGUGAGACGAAUAUGAAAAUGACGAACAUCCCACACUUCAAAGAAGUUGUCAUCAUGGCUACAACAUGUGAAACCUGCGGGAACCGCACCAACGAAGUUAAGAGCGGAAGUGGAAUUGAACCCUACGGCCUAAGGAUCGAGGUACAGGUGAAAGGAACGGAGGACUUUAGCAGGGAUGUUCUAAAGUCAGAAACUUGCAGCAUUAUAAUACCAGAGCUUGAGCUCGAUGGAGGUUGCGCAGCGUUAGGAGGACGUUUCACAACUGUAGAAGGAGUGAUACAGGCAACGAAGGAGCAAAUAAUUUCAUCCUCAGCCUUGAUCGGUGAUAGCAGUGACAAAGACGCUGUUGAUCGUAUGAAUAGUUUUAUCGGUCGUUUGGACUCGGUUUUAAGUGGAAACACAGCGGUUACUUUGAUUCUUGACGAUCCAGCUGGAAAUAGUUAUGUUCAAAGUCUCGUGGACGACGGUCCUGACGAAAGGUUGAAAAUCACGAGGUAUGAAAGAAAUUAUGAACAAAACGAAGAACUCGGCCUAAACGACAUGAAGGUUGAAAAUUAUGAAUAGGGAAACCAAACCUUCUCCACUGUUGUACAACUUAAUUGAGGCACGGGAAUGAUUAUUUGUUAAAUAAUUUCCCAAACACUUCCCAUUUUAAAUACAUUUGUACAUGAUAGAAUUUGUCUUUUAUGAUCAAUUUGGAAGCCGUAUGGAUUUUUGUUGAAAUAAAAAUUAUUUGAGGCACCAAGU